AUGGAAGCACAUGUCUAUAAUAGGCAGCAAGCGAGAAAGUAUGAAGCUGUACGGUAUGCCGGCACCUCACCCCCGAAUGGACAAGAUAUUUUUGCCUUUGACCUCAGCAUUCGAUUUUGGAUCCAGCAACUCUGUGAGCGUGAUCACGGACCCUUCUUCUGGUCAGUCGUCUUGGAGCGAAAUCUCUCAGUCUUGGACAAUACCGUCAAGCUGGCAAUGCUUGCGGGAGGUUGCUUCUCAAGGGUCAUCACUAACGAUGGUCAAGAGCAUACAGUCUUGACGCAACAGGAAGUCGUACCGCCAAAUCAUCCCGUGGCUGCAGUCGCUUUAGCGCUUGAAGGAACUCCCGACCUUGAUUUUCUUGCCCGUUGCGUCCGUUUUCAAAUCAACGACGACGAACAAGGCUCUUCCUUCCAUUUCGGUAUUCACAAAGACGUUUACUUAGAAGGCGAAGCUUACAUUGCCAUUGCGAAACGCUUCUUGAUACAAACGCGUGAAGAGACGCACUGCUACGACCACAUAGUUCAGCGUGGCAUCGCAACACCCAUUUAUGUGUCUGAAUACCGGUAUGCUGUCAUGCACGUUGAUAUGCCACCUGGCUCGCGUAAUGGUUCGUGUCUUGUGACAGCAGUGGAAGGGUAUACCUACUUUGUUCUGGCUGAUACAGGUCGCAUCAUUGGUGAUACGGAAUUCGGUAUCCCUGACUUUUGGCAAUCCGUUUUGGCGUGUGAUGGGCGUGGUCUUGCUGUGGAUCUUUCAAUGAUGGUUGAACGUAGUACAAUGCCGUGCUGGGCACUGUGGGAUGAGUAA